AUGUUCCUAUACAGAGAGACUAUGCAUCUUUCUGUUAAAAAGAAGGCGAAGUUUAGACUUGAUCAAAGAAACGCUAAGAAAUUCAAUUUCAAAGAUAUUCCUGAGGAUAAAUCAAAUCUUAUACUAUAGUCAGAUGUUGCAUAGUUGAGAUAGCUUCAAAUUGAUGGAAGAGUGACAAGCUAUGAAAUAGUAACUGUAUUCGCUAAGAGAUGUCAUAGAAUCGGAAGAAAAUUGAAUCUUGUCACUGAAGAAUACUAUGACGAAGCUCUAUUAACUGCUUAAGACAAAGACAGGGAAAGAGAAUUAGCAGUCAGAAAUGGCAGAGCUAAUGAACUCGGUUUACUUCAUGGAAUACCAGUAUCAAUAAAGGACCAUGUAAAUGAGUAAGGAAGACAUGUGACAGUGGGAGUCAUGAGUUUUUGUGAUAACAUAGCCAAAUCUGAUGCUGUAGUUGUUUAACAAUGGAAGGAUUAAGGCGCGAUACCAAUGGUUAAAGGUAAUGUUCCCUAGCUAGUUUUUGCACUGCAGACAGAAAAUGAUAUUUAUGGAAGAGCUCUUAAUCCUCAUGAUGCUACUAGAUCAUGUGGAGGUAGCUCUGGUGGAGAUGCAGGGUUAGUUGCUUCAAGAUGUGUCCCUCUUGCCCUUGGUACUGAUAUUGGAGGAUCAAUCAGAGGUCCAGCUUGUUUCAAUGGAGUUUAUGGAUUUAAACCUACUGCUAAUAGAGUAUCCUAUAAGGGAUGUAUUAUUCCAUUAGAAGAUGGAACUGGCCCGUAGGGUCCAAUUCUUCCAGUUGCUGGUCCGCUUGGAUACACUUCUAAUGAUUUGCUGAUUGCAACUAAAUCACUAAUGAACUAAACAAUGUUUGAUAGAGAUUUAGACACUGCUCCUUUACCAUUUAACGAACAAAGAUAUCAAUAAACUUUAAAUAAGAGAAAGCUAAGGUUUGGUUAUUUUGAGGAGACAGAUUUUAUGGGAGCAUCAGAUGCAACUAGAGAGAAGCUUGAAGCCUUGGGUCAUGAAGUGGUUCCAUUCAAUUUUCAUCAUAAUGAAGCUUUUGAAUACAUUGAGAUAUUUGUUGCCUCUUGCUCAAUUGGAGUACUAGGAUAGUUUUGCGAUAUGAUGGAAUCAAAGCAUGAUAAAUUUAUCACAAUUUAUCAAGAAUCUUUCUUAUUUUACACUUUACCCAGAUUCUUAUAAAAGAUAGUUGUGGCUAUUUUUUCAACUUGCAUUAGUAAAAGGAAAUCUGCUACAAUGGGACAAGUAAGAAAAUAUUCAAGUGAUGAUAUUGAUAAUAUACUAAGAAGAAGAGCUAGAUUUGUAGAAAAUUUCAUGCAAAGAUGGGACGAUAUGAAACUUGAUGGUCUAAUCUCACCAGCUUUUCCAUCUUGUGCCUUUAAGCAUGCUGAUGCAAACGAGCUUGCAUUUUUAGUUCCUUUCCUUGCUCUAUAAAACGUUCUCAAUUUUCCAUCAGGAAUUGUUCCUAUUACAGAGGUCUAAAACGGAGAAGAUGUAGAUACUGCUAUUUAUGAUAAAGCUAAUGAUUUAAUCACAAGACAUAUCAAAAAUUCAAUGCGUGAUAGCUUUGGAAUGCCUAUUGGUGUUCAAAUUUCUACACCAAAAUGGAAAGAUGAAGAAUGUCUUGCAAUAAUGAAGAUUGUUGGAGAUUAGUUCAAGUUUAUGAAAAAGACACCUGAGCUCUGA